CCAAGCCUCUAUAUAUGCCGCCCACGGCACCGCCCAGAGCCACACAGCUUACUAGCUAGCUAGCUCAUCAUCGUCAAGCUCAAGCAGCACCCAGCUCCAGCGCUAAGCAGCAUCAGUGAUCUAGCCAGGACAGAGACAGACACAGCGCACGUGAAAUGGCUCGGGUGAUCGGUGCCUCCGGCGCGUGCGCGCUCCUCGUCGUCCUGCUCGUGGCGUGCGCCGCGUCCGCCGCGCGCACCGGGCCGGGCGCCGCGCGGCAGCUGUGGGACGACGGGAGGAAGGUGGGGGGAUGGACGGAGGUGAGGGACGUGGAGGGCGACAGGGAGGUGCAGGAGCUGGGCAGGUACUCCGUCGAAGAGCACAACCGGCGACGGGAGGAGGGCUGCGAGGGCGGCGGCGCCGUCUGCGGCCGGCUGGAGUUCGCCCGCGUGGUGUCGGCGCAGCGCCAGGUGGUGUCCGGGGUCAAGUACUACCUCCGCGUCGCGGCCGCCGAGGCGAACGGCGCCGGGAGCAACGGCGUUAGCGACGGCCGCGUGUUCGACGCCGUGGUGGUCGUCAAGCCCUGGCUCCAGUCCCGCUCGCUGGUCAGGUUCGCGCCGGCCGACGCCUAAUGAGCGGCUGCAUGCGUGAUCGGACGAGCCGCUGCGUGUCUUUUUUGCGCGCCAAGUAUAUGUAACGUAGGCUCGAAUAACGAAGGGUGAGGUACGUACUAUGUAGAGUUGAUCGGAGGAUUAAGGCUGUACGAUAUGAGGCAGGCGGUCCAAGUUUUGUCAGGUCUCCCGGAUGAAAAGUUUUGCAAGAAGAGAUGAGAGUGUCGAAAUAAAUAUACUACUCCUACUGUACAAGAAUG